AUUACAACUAAUAUACUCGACUCGUGGUAUAUCUGGACCUACCAAUGUACAGGUACCGCUGGUGUUCAUUCCCGAGCCGACGACUCCCUAUUGCCUCUCGCAAACCUCUGAUAUGACAGUAGAAGGGGAUACUUGCAACUUGAUUGCUUUAACACAUAACGUUUCCUCGGCCAACCUUUUCAUCCAGAACCAGGACGUCAUCUACAAUUGCAGUGCAAUCCCAGCCGGACUGUCCUCGUGUCUUCCUGAGAUGUGCCGGGUCUAUGAAAUUGGGCCUUCUGACACUUGCACGAGCAUCCAGCAUGAGCACAACAAGUGGCUUAAUAAUUUGAAACCGCUCAAUUCCUGUAUUGACUUUAUCUUGUUACAAUGUCCACAACGCCACCAUCAUAUUCGUCAGCAUCCUAUAUCUUACAGAACAGGGAGUAACCGGAGAUGGGAGAUCGGGAGACGGAAGUAUAUAUAUAUCCUAGACCGCGAGAUGGUUUCACAAUUCAGGCAAUGUACCCCCUUAGUGGCGCGACUGUUGCGGAUGACAUGAAUGAGGAGUGCGGUAGAUGGCUCACCUAUACUGGUGGGAGGUCGUGUACCAAAAUCUGCAUGGAGACACACCUGACAAUGGAAAUUUUCCUUGCGAUCAAUC